AGCUCACAGAACUUGCAGCAAGAUGGGAUACGCGAGACCUACAAAUGAUCCCCGGAACUGCUCUUUGCAAAAGUGACUCUUGAGUCCUGGGCUCUGGGCCUGCACAUGACAUUUGUUCUUGAGCUACACAAGAGCUUAUUUCAGAAGAAUUCAUCACAUUGGUUACAGCUUUGUUUUUUUAUAUUCACAGGCCAAUUAUGGCUUCUUUUGAGACUGGGAAAGAGUCCGACGCUUCCAACCAAAGUGACCACAAGAAUCCCAACGAGAUCUGUGGACUGGUGGAUAUGGACACAUGUGAGAUUCCAUCCUAUGUGUGUGAAUUUGUUGAAAAGGAGAUUGGAAAUGAUUUCAAGUCGCUAAAAAAAGUUUCAAACCUUAUAGAAACAAUUACAGAAGAGAAGAAACAUUUGGAGGAACAAGUUCUCACUGUUUCCUCUGAAGCUCCUAAACGAAUCCAGGCAGCUUUAAAGAAUGCUGAAAAUUCAAAGACAGCUCUUGGUCUUCUGCUCCAGAAAGAAAAUGUAGUGACAGAAUCAAUCAGUAGGCACCUUGAAGAAGCUGCACCUUGGAUGGAUGAUCUAGGGGUAUUGAUCAGUCAAAUGGAAGAGGUUGAACGACACCUUUCCUACCUGAAAUGGAUCUCACAAAUAGAAGAGCUCAGUGAUAACAUCCAGCAGCAUCUCAUGACGAAUGAUGUGGCGGAAGCUGCCAGCACACUGGUAUGUAUGGCAGAACUGGCCAUAAAACUUCAGGAAUCUUCUUGUUCCCAUUUAUUGACCUUCAUCAAGUCUACGGUUCAGUUUUGGCAUAAAAUUCUGAAAGAUAAACUGACAAGUGACUUUGAAGAAGUGUUAAAUCAUUUGCACUGGCCUUUUAUUGGUCCUCUUCCAUCAUCCGCCUCUGUUCCUCCUGCGUCGGCCAAUGUAGCAGAGAUCUACACUAAUUUUGAGACUCUCUUUUCUCAACUACUUAAGCUUCAAACUUCUGAUGAAUUGAUCACCAAACCUAAAGAGAUGCCAGAGAAAUACUCCCUUCCUGCACCACCUCCUAUAAUGCUUCCCAUACAGCUUAUGCUUUCCCCUCUGCAGAAGAGGUUCCGGUAUCAUUUCACAGGCAACAAGCAAACAAAUGUUUUAAGCAAGCCUGAGUGGUACCUGACCCAAGUGCUCAUGUGGAUUGGAAACCAUACUAAGUUUUUACAGGAAAGAAUUCAGCCUAUUCUGACAAUCGCUGGUUCGUCUGUGAAUGCACAUCUGGAGUUCACGCGGGGUUUAGUUAUGCUGGUGCUGGAGAAGCUAGCAGUAGAUAUCCCGUUACUGCUGUAUGAUGACAUUCUAUUUUGUCACCUUGUGGAUGAAGUACUGUUGUUUCAAAGAGAACUUCACACCGCACAUGGGUAUCCCAGCAAUCUCCCAAACUGCAUGCACAUUCUCUCUGAAGAAACCUGUUUUCAAAGAUGGCUGACCGUGGAAAGAAAAUUGGCCCUAGAAAAGAUGGAUUCCAUGCUGUCUGCCGAGGCUGCCUGGACCUCACAAUAUAAAGAUAUAUCUGAUGUGGAUGAAAUGAAAGUUCCAGAUUCUGCCGAAACAUUUAUGACGCUCCUACUUGUUAUAACAGACAGGUACCGGAAUCUGCCCACAGCACCCAGAAAGCUAAAAUUCCUUGAGUUGCAAAAGGAUUUAGUUGAUGACUUCAGGAUACGUUUAACCCAAGUGAUGAAGGAAGAGAGCAGAGAUCCAUUAGGCUUCAGAUAUUGUGCAAUACUCAAUGCUGUCAACUACAUUGCAACAGUGCUUGGAGAUUGGGCUGACAAUGUUUUUUUUUUACAGCUUCAACAGGCUGCUCUGGAGAUUUGCACAGAUCUCAGUGCCAGCAGUAAGCUACAGCUUGGGCUGCUUGCCUCAAUGGAAAUCUCUGUCUUCGACGACCUGAUCAACCUUCUUGAGCGUCUAAAAAAUGACAUGCUGUCUCGUCAGGUAGAACAUGUAUUUAAAGAGGUCAAGGAGGCUGCAAGGAUGUACAAAAAAGAAAGGUGGCUGUCACUGCCUUCACAGUCAGAACAAGCCGUCAUGUCACUGUCUAGCUCUGCCUGCCCAAUGCUUGUGGCACUGAGAGACCGUCUUUUGCAAAUGGAGCAGCAGCUAUGUCACGCUUUAUUUAAAACUGUCUGGCAGAUGCUUGCUGAGAAGUUGGAUCUAUUCAUUUAUCAAGAUAUAAUCCUGGCCAAUCAUUUCAACGAAGGGGGAGCAGCACAGCUACAGUUUGAUAUGUCACGGAAUCUCUUCCCUUUAUUUUCUCACUACUGUAAAAGACCAGAGAAUUAUUUUAAACAUGUGAAAGAAGCCUGCAUCAUCCUGAAUUUGAAUGUGGGACCAGCCCUGCUGCUAAAGGAUGUUCUUCAGUCUGCAAGUGAGAGUUUGAAUGCAUGCAAUUCUAAUGACAAGCUCCCGUCUUCAACAGCUGCCUUGAAUGAACUAGGGAUCUAUAAACUAGCACCACAAGAUGUUGAAAUUCUUUUCAAUUUGCGGACAAACUGGCCCAAUGCUGGAAAGUAAUACUUCCCUUUUGUACUCUCACAGUUUCCUUUACAUUGGUCACAGUACAUUGUACAGAUGUAUACUAACUGCAGUGAGAUCAUUAAACUCUUGUAUUUUUACCACCACCAAUUAGCUACUGGCAAGGCUUUUUGAAUUCAGGAAAAAAAGCGAGCAAGGGAAAAACAGUAUUUGUUCCCCAAUAAAGACUUUCUGUUGAUACACUCUUAGUCACCUUCAAGCUCAGUUUGCCCUUUAAACCAAUCUAGCGCUUGGGCUGAGAUCCUUUUAAAGCGGUGUUUCCCCUUUAAGGUAACUUAGUAUGUGAUAGAAUGGCCAAUUCUAAGCAACUUUUCAAUUGGUUUUCAAUUGGCGUUGCCGACUCCCUUAAAAAAACAACUGCUCUGUAAGGCUGCUAAUGUAUUGUUACUUUUUAUUACUGAUCCUUCUAUUUAUAUCCCAGUCUCUUAUUCAAAUCAUUCCUUGUCCUUUUAUCCUUUCUAUACUGAUGACACCUUCAUUCACAUCAGUUCCUGUCCCAGUGCAACUGACAAUAUAAGGUCCCCUAUUAUAUUCACACAAUACACUAGUGUCAAAGUUAUCAGAAGCCAAUCUACCUUCCCUUAUAUUUUGGAGUGUGGGAAGAUGAAUGCAUGCCAACCUGGAGAGAUCAUACCAACUCCUUUAAGAUGCAGGAAUCAAACAUAAUAUGCUGAUAAUAUUGUAAAAGUCUGCUUUUUUAUUUCCAGAAAAUGGUUUGAAGGUUUAUUUGCUGAAUGUUUUCUUUAACAAAAUACGUGAGACAAAUCACAAACAACUCUGUUAAUAAGCGCAAGUGAAUGCUCUGAAACUGCAGGGAAAAGAUGCUAUGAUUUAAAUGUAGCACAGGCAGAUUUCAACUGGAUCCUCCUGCAGGAAAAGAAAAGAUAGUAAUUAUUUCAUUAUCCAAAAUAACAUACUAAUCAUUUAUUUCUAGGAAAGCUUGUAGACCUUUAGAAUUUAAUGAAACUGCUAGUCUGUAAUCUGUUAAUCUUCUAGAUAAAAUGUACUCCAGCAUCCACUAAUAGUGUAUGUUAAAUGUGGAUUUGUUAGAAAAUACCCAGGGAAAAUGAUCUUGACAAAUAUUCCAAAAACUCAAGCAAGUCAGUUAAAUAUCACACUAUUUAAUACACAACUUUUGGUCUGUGUUUCAAGCAGGUUGUAAAUAAAGAAGCAAUGGGAUCUAUUAAUUAGAACGCUUGGGACUGGUGGUCUCUGGAUAAAAAGUCUUUCAGCAAACUGGAUCACUAUACAUUAGGCUGUGGGCACAAGGGCUAAAGGGUUUUGCUGCUCUCUAAGCUGUAUAUUUUUGAAAGCUUAGAGAAGCAGAUAUGCUCCAUGUCUCUGGUCAAUUGAUUUGAAUCUGAUCCGCCUGUGUUUGCACACACGCAGCAGAGGUUAGCCCAAAUAUGUGAAAGGAGGCAUCUCGGGGCUGACCUCUGUUGCGUGUGUGCAAACACAGGCGGAUCAGAUUCAAAUCAAUUGACCAGGGACACAGAGGGGAGCUGCAGCAUAUUUCUGCAGUCUGAGAGCAGCGGAGCCCUUCAAACUGUGUGCCCUCAGACUUAGGUCUGCUGAAAAUAUUUAAAAAUUCAAAUGGCUCAAUAGCAAUUGCAUGGAGGUGUGGCUAAAUUGUCCCCUGUGCUAGGUGAACAUACAUUCAAAGGUUGUUACUCAUUAACAUCACUCUAAUCACAGUACCAUAAUUACUCAGCUCCACUGUAUUUAUGACUAUGAAGAUUUUCAUUCAUCCAGGUCAUGGUAUAUCUAAUAUAAGUAAUUCAAAAACUUUCACUACUCAUCCGAGCAGCUUCUUCAGUUCAACUGAACUGUUGAACUGAAGAAGCUGCUCGGAUGAGUAGUGAAACUUCUUUAAUAAUUACUCAGCAAGUCCAGUUGUUAUAGAAUUACUUAUAUUUGAUAUCCCCUGUAUUAGUUAAACCUUUUGGCAAUCAUUUUUCCAAAAUAAGCAUUUCGGCAAUAGUCGAAGAGUAUAGAGUCAUCAACCCCCUUCUCUACUACCAUCUUCCUCACUUUUAGCUAGAAAGAGUCAGGGUAAUGUGCACAAUGCAAAUGUACCUUCCCUUCCUCACUUAUUUGUACUCCUUGUAUCAUAGUGCUGAACAGGUAAGAGCUUAUUUAUACAAGAAUUAAACGAUUUUGUUAAAAUAAGUCCUCAUUGGCAUAAUGUAUAUUUUAUGACAAUAGGGGCUUAUAGGAAAAUUUUACCAAAAUGUGACUGCCCAAAACCCAGUAAAAUGUCCCCAGACAACUCCUCUUCAGCAGUUCAAUUUGUUUUGUGAAGGUAUAAACCCUCUUGUUCUAGACUGUUGGCUCUAUUUGGGGUUUUGUAUGUGGCUAGAGUAGAUACUGAGGGGUAUCAAAGGGAUUAACAUUUUCAUGUCUAGCCCCUAUGUGACCAACACAGGACUUCUGACACUGGCUCAUCCAGCAGUUCCCAUGGUAGGAGAGGGGACAUUCUCCAGACACAAAGUCUGCAGGAGGUAGUUGAUAUACUUUAUCAGUGAGUUUAUAUUUAAUAAGACUAAUCCCAAACUACAGGGUUUUUUGUUUGUAGGCAUCAAUAUGACAUUUAGUUAAUAUGAUAAAGUUUCACUAGAUACACAUCACUCACUGGCAAAUAAUAUCAGCGAGUCCUGAUGUAUUCACAGUGAUACAAUUAAAAGAGAAACUGAAUGAUGUGCAGCCACAGAAAUACACAGAUUAUACUGACAAACACUUACAUGCUAUGUUUAAAAAGCUCCAGUGUGAUUCUCCCACCAGGUUCUUCCACGUUUGUAAUAUCAAUGCCAAGAGUUUUUAAAGCUGCAAGGAAAGCAACACAAGGUGAAGAAACUCAAAGCCAAAUUUUAUAAAAGGUCACAAUCAUACUCAAUGUGCCUUUUUAAAUAUUUAUCUAAUGAACUUAUUGCCACCAGUUUUAUUUUACUAAAUAUAUCCAGCUUCCAUUAAAUGAUAUAUUGUUAAUAGUGCUUGGAUCAGUUUCUUUGCUAAA